GGUGUAUAUCAAAGACAAAGAUGUCUUUCCAUUCAAUAUUAUGAACGUUUCAGGUGGAAAAAGGUCACGGAUGAAUAAGUUCAAAGGAGUUGGGGGUCAUAAAAGUUGUUCUUCUUUCGGUUAGUUUCCUGUCUCCGAUUUGUAUCUCAAUCCCUGAACGCAUCUUCGUCUAUGGUCGUCUCUCUGUCUCCGUUGUCUGUCUCUAAGGUUGUUUGGUUCCACUCGUCAAUUUCUUGCUCGUUCGUUGUCGACGUUUAGAUUCCAUUGGAUAAGGAUUAUCUCUUGCCGUACUUCUCCUCUGUCUCCGUCUCUUUAGCCUACUUUGUUUCAAGGUACUCCUCCCUUUACUUUCUCUGUGUGCAUUCCAUAGCUCCGAAUAUUUUAUUUGGAUUUUGUUUUUAUGAAUCUCGGUGUGUAGCUUUGCAUACUUUAUUCCCCAUUGUCAUCCCACUCAAGCCUCCAAAACCUCCAUCUCCGCGCAGCCAUGGCGAACGCAAUCAUAGCCUCCUCCAAACCCCUCACCCUCAACCCUAAACCCUUCGUUCAUCAAAAUGCCCCGAUUAAUCUCCCUCUUCGCUCCCCCUUCCCUCGCUGAAGAAUGUUCUUAUUAAUAAUCAGCCGCUUUCUAUGGUUUGGAGGCAAAUCCAGCGGUGGGUUUGUGAAGAUGCUUCUAACGGGCUUCAUAAGAGAAACUUAUGCUGCAAGCAGAUUAAUCAAAUUCUCAACACAUUUUCCCUUCAUUCACAUCGAUUACACCCGCCGAAUUUUCAACUUCAUUGAGAACACCAAUUGCUUCAUGUGGAAUAUGAUGAUUAGAGCUUAUAUUCAAACAAACUCCCCUCAUUUUGCUUUCACUCUUUACAAAUCCAUGCUUUCCAACUAUUUGGGUGCUGAUAAUUACACCUACCCACUUCUGAUUCAGGCUUGUUCCAUCCGUCGGUCGGAAUGGGAAGCAAAACAGGUGCAUAAUCAUGUUUUGAAGUUGGGUUUUGAUUCAGAUGUUUAUGUUCGAAAUACUUUGAUUAAUUGUUUUUCUGUUUGCUCAAAUAUGACUGAUGCUCGCCGGGUGUUUGAUGAAAAUUCCAUUUUGGAUUCUGUGUCAUGGAAUUCAAUUUUGGCUGGGUAUGUUCAAAUAGGUAAUGUAGAGGAGGCUAAGCAUAUAUAUCAUCAAAUGCCAGAGAGGAGCAUAAUUGCUUCGAAUUCUAUGAUUGUUUUGUUUGGCAUCAAAGGACUAGUGGUUGAAGCCUGUAAGUUGUUUGAUGCAAUGCUAGAGAAAGAUAUGGUUACAUGGAGUGCAUUAAUUGCUUGCUUUCAGCAGAACGAGAUGUUUGAGGAGGCUAUAAGAACAUUUGUAGGAAUGCAUAAAAUUGGAGUAAUGGUGGAUGAAGUUGUAGCGGUGAGUGCUCUUUCUGCUUGUGCAGACUUACUGAUUGUUAAUAUGGGGAAAUUGAUUCACAGCUUAUCUUUGAAAGUUGGAACUGAAUCUUACAUAAACCUUCAAAAUGCUUUGAUUUAUAUGUACUCGAAAUGUGGGGAUAUAGUGGUGGCACGUAAACUGUUUGAUGAAGCCUAUUUGUUAGACUUGAUAUCUUGGAAUUCUAUGAUAUCGGGGUAUUUGAAAUGCAGUUUAGUUGAUAAUGCGAAAGCCAUUUUUGAUUCCAUGCCCGAGAAGGACGUUGUGUCUUGGAGUUCUAUGAUAUCAGGUUAUGCACAGCAUGACCUUUUUGAUGAGUCUCUUGCACUUUUCCAGGAAAUGCAAAUGAGUGGCUUCAAACCAGACGAAGCGACAUUAGUAAGUGUGAUAUCUGCAUGCGCUCGCUUGGCUGCCCUAGAGCAAGGGAAGUGGGUCCAUGCAUAUAUAAAAAAGAACGGUCUAACCAUUAAUGUCAUUCUAGGUACAACCCUCAUAGACAUGUAUAUGAAGUGUGGAUGUGUUGAAACUGCCUUGGAGGUUUUCUAUGGGAUGAUUGAGAAAGGGGUUUCAACUUGGAAUGCUCUAAUUCUUGGGUUGGCAAUGAAUGGGUUAGUGGAAAGCUCGCUUGAUAUGUUUUCUAAUAUGAAAAAGUGUCAUGUAACACCUAAUGAGAUAACAUUCGUGGGAGUACUUGGUGCUUGUCGUCACAUGGGUUUAGUAGAUGAAGGGCAGCAUCAUUUUCAUUCAAUGAUUCACGAUCAUAAGAUACAGCCGAAUGUUAAACACUAUGGGUGCAUGGUUGAUCUUCUAGGACGUGCAGGUAAGCUUCAAGAAGCAGAGGAACUUCUCAACCGUAUGCCUAUGACACCAGAUGUUGCUACUUGGGGUGCCUUACUUGGGGCUUGUAAGAAACACGGUGAUAGUGAAAUGGGAAAAAGGGUUGGGAGGAAGCUGAUUGAGCUUCAGCCUGACCAUGAUGGUUUCCAUGUGUUGUUAUCGAACAUAUAUGCUUCAAAAGGAAAAUGGGAUGAUGUUCUUGAGAUUAGGGGCAUGAUGACAAAACAUAGGGUUUUGAAGAUUCCUGGUUGUAGCAUGAUUGAAGCAAAUGGAGUUAUUCAUGAAUUCCUAGCUGGUGAUAAAACUCACCCCAACAUGGAUGCAAUUGAGGAUAUGUUGGUUGAAAUGGCUAUGAAAUUGAAGUUAGAAGGUUAUACACCAGACACAAAUGAGGUUUUGCUUGAUGUUGAUGAAGAAGAGAAGGAAAGUACUCUGUUUAGACAUAGUGAGAAGCUAGCCAUUGCAUUUGGUCUUAUUAAUAUUAGUCCACCAACACCAAUCAGGAUAAUGAAAAACUUGAGGAUAUGUAAUGACUGUCACACUGCUGCAAAAUUAAUCUCCAAGGCUUUCUGUCGGAAAAUUGUGGUGAGAGAUCGGCAUCGGUUUCAUCACUUUGAGCAGGGGUUUUGUUCAUGCAAGGAUUACUGGUAGUGGAUGAGGAUUCAUAACACUUGACGACUUGAUUUUUAGAGAUUAUUUUGGCACCAUUUCGCUUGAUCCUCACUAGGACUGGCAACUAAGUUGUCUCGAGGUCUCGCAAGCAAGCAGCUACUUUCAAAGCUAGUUUCUCUUCAUUUGGGAAGUUGCUGCAAAAUGGCUUGGUGAACAUUUUUCCAGUGAUGGUGAUGAGUUUGCUACACUUGCGAGUUUCUAUUUAGAGGUCAAGGUGAUUAUGGAGUGCCUUAAACUCUACCAUGGAUGGGCGUGGAUCGAAGUUGCAGCUUAAUUGUUGACAUAAUUGGCAAGAAUCAGUUGAUACUGAUUGCCUCUAGGUAAUGAUGGCACGGCCACAUUUAUAGUAAAUAUGAAAGCAUCUAGAGACAUAAUGGGAAGAUCUAGUCUUUAAAGAACAUCUUCCUAGGGUGUAAUUUUUUUUUUCUCUUAAUGCUUUCAUACUAAGUUCUUAGUUCAAACCAAAUCCUUGCUAGAAUUUGUUCUUGCAUUUCGAAGUCGAGUGGCGAUGGAUGGGAUCUAUAUGUACACGUGCUGAAUUGUAAUAAAAAGUUGACCUUUUAUCCUAAUGUUGCAUAGUGAGAAUACAUUAUUAUUUAUUGUAAUAGUUUAUAAAUACCACAGCUAAGUAAAUUUAAAUGAUUGAUCUUAAUUUGCAUUA